CAAAUGUCAUUCAUUCGUGUUGUGAUGAAUGUGUUACAGAUACAGAUAUAGGUAUUUUCCGUAUGUUAGUUGCCACGUAUUAAUGUUCACAUUUUAAAAGUAAUCAAAUUAUUUUUAUUGGAUUAAAUCUCGUAUAAUAUUUAAUCACAAAUAAAGCUUACCUUUCGUAGGUGUAGUUCAUGCAAUGAGUGGUAAGAAGAAUGUUGUAUUGGUUACCGGCGGUUCAGGCCUGGUCGGGCAAGCAAUUAAAUCGAUCAUCGAAAAGGAACAAACACAAUAUACUGAAACUAUAAAAAACGAAACUUGGGUAUUUUGUGGGUCAAAAGAUGGUGAUCUCAGAGAUAAAGCCCAAACAGAGGCAUUGUUUGAAAAGCAUCAUCCCACAUAUGUGAUUCAUUUGGCAGCAAUGGUUGGAGGUCUCUUCCAUAACAUGGCACAUAAUUUGGAUUUUUUUAGGGAAAACAUGGCAAUAAAUGAUAAUGUUCUGAAUGCCAGUUACAAGUAUGAUGUAAAGAAGGUGGUAUCAUGCCUUUCCACAUGCAUUUUCCCUGAUAAGACUAUAUAUCCUAUAGAUGAAACAAUGGUACACAGUGGACCACCACAUAAUUCCAAUUUCGGUUAUAGCUAUGCUAAACGGAUGAUUGACAUAUUAAAUAGGGGUUAUUAUAGUCAACACGGGUGUAUGUUCACGUCUGUGGUUCCGUGUAACGUGUUCGGUCCACACGAUAACUUCAGCCUAACAUCCUCACACGUCGUGCCUGCACUCAUACGGCGGAUGGAUGACGCCAUACGCGAAGACCAACCAACAUUCACAGUUCUGGGCAGUGGUAAACCGCUGCGCCAGUUCAUAUACUCGUUGGAUCUUGCAAAACUGUUCGUCUGGGUGUUACGCAACUACGACAGUAUAGAACCGAUUAUACUUUCAGUGGACGAAGAAGCCGAAGUCUCAAUCAGCGCUCUCGCUGAAGCUAUUAAGAAGGCCCACGGUUACAGUGGACAGAUAGUUUACGAUACAAGUCAAGCUGAUGGUCAGUACAAGAAGACAGCUUCCAACAAGAAACUGAGAUCCUUAUAUAAAGAUUUUGAGUUCACGCCCUUCGAAACAGCUAUCCAGGAGACCGUGCAAUGGUAUAAAGAUAAUAGAGAUUCCGCGAGAACGUAGCACCCAGGAAAAUAUUAAAAACGUAUGCCGAAAAGAAAUGUUAUCAGAAUUGAGGUACACUUAAUUGUUUAAUGCUGCCAAAAUUAAAAAUAAUGAUGCUAUGUUAUAUAUAUUUUUAAACAAACAAAUUGAAAUACGAUAUUAUAGAUGUUUCAGUUUUUAG